UGUGACAUGGAGCAGAACGUUGUAUUCGCUGCCAUCCUGCUCCUCGUUGCAGCGGUCUCCAGCUCCUCAAACAUUAUAAACCCAGAUCUUCUGUAUCCAUAUGGGAAGAACUUGGAUUAUUCUUCUCCUAACUCAGAUGAUGGAGAUUCACCCCUGAUGAAGCUCGAUGUUAUUCUUCCACUGUAUGGAAACAACUACUCUUCUCUGUAUGUGAACUACAAUGGAUUAAUAUCCUUCAAAUCUCCAGAUGACGACUUCACCCCAGAGAAGCUCCCCUUGGUCUCUGGGAAUCCUUUUCUAGCUCCUUUCUGGGCUGAUGUGGAUAUUUCUUAUGCCGGAGACAUAUUCUAUAACCAGAGAACAGACAAGCAGGUUCUCUCUCGGGCCACAUCAGAUAUCAGAACCUACUUUGGGUCCAUGGAUUUCACUGCUCAGUGGGUGUUCACUGCCACAUGGGACAGAGUCUCCUAUUAUGGAUCUACAUCCGACAAGGUGAACACGUUCCAGGUUGUCCUCUGCACUGAUAAAGUUCAGACCUUCGUGAUGUUCAAUUAUGCCAAUAUUACAUGGACUACAGGUGUCGGCAGUGGGGGGAACAGUAAAACUGGUCUUGAGGGUGUACCGGCUCUGGCCGGUCUGGACAGCGGAGAGGUCACUGGUUACUUUAUCAUCCCUGGAUCAUUGAAUUCAUCUAUCGUCAAUAUAUCCACCACCACCAAUGUGGAUGUCGUAGGUCGCUGGGCUUUUAAAGUUGACCAGUUGCAUCCCGGAUUCCCCUUGAUUAGGACGGUCACAACAACGCCAGCAGAGACUACUACAACUACACCAGAGACUACUACAACCCCAGCAGAGACUACUACAGCCAUAGCAGAUACUACUACAACCCCAGCAGAGACAACUACAACUACACCAGAGACUACUACAACCCCAGCAGAGACUACUACAGCCAUAGCAGAUACUACUACAACCCCAGCAGAGACUACUACAACUACACCAGAGACUACUACAACCCCAGCAGAGACUACAACAGCCAUAGCAGAUACUACUACAACCCCAGCAGAGACAACUACAACUACACUAGAGACUACUACAACCCCAGCAGAGACUACUACAGCCAUAGCAGAUACUACUACAACCCCAGCAGAGACAACUACAACUACACUAGAGACUACUACAACCCCAGCAGAGACUGCGACAGCCAUAGCAGAUACUACUACAACUACACCAGAAACUACUACAGCUACUGAAGAAACAACCAGUUUAGAAACAACAACCACUGUUGAAACAGCAAGCCCAGAGCCAACAACAACCAGUGAACAAACAACAACGUCACAAGCAACAAUCACUUUCCCAUUAACAACCAGUGAACAAGCAACAACUUCACGAACAACAACUCCACAAAGAACACUCUUUCCAACCACUAGUGCACAUUCUAUGAUAGAUCUUCUUUACCCAUAUGGCCCCCAAUGGGACAAUGUCAGCCCAAAGAUAGAUGAUGGAGGGCCGCCCGCCAUAAGACUUAAUAUCAAACUUCCUGUUUUUGGAAGUACAUAUUCAACUUUCUAUCUGAGUAACAAUGGACACGUGUCCUCCAAGGAUUUUAUGCAAUACACUCCUGAAAAAUUCCCUUUACCUAAGAAGAUCUUCAUGAUCACUCCUUACUGGUCUGACGUGGACAACAGAAUAUCCGGAGACAUCUACUACCGGCAGAGCACAGACCCAGCGCUGUUGUCUCGGGCGACAUCCGAUAUAAAUUCAUAUUUCCAUGGCAUGAACUUCACAGCGAGCUGGGUAUUUGUGGCCACGUGGAAAGAUGUCCCUUUUUUUGGAUCAACAUCAACAAAGGUGAAUAAUUUUCAACUUGUCCUCAUAUCUAAUGGAAAUGUCACCUUUACUCUGUACAACUAUGUGGACCUUCAGUGGACCACAGGCACGAUCAGUGGGGGAGACAAAGCUACAGGACUCGGUGGCACUCCAGCCUUGGCCGGUUUGAAUAGCGGCUCCUCAUCCAGCUAUUACCAGAUGCCUGGAUCUCUAACUUCGGACAUUCUUCUGAUAUCCUCCAAAAGUAAUGUUCAUAUUCCAGGGCGCUGGGCCUUUAAAAUAGACAAAAUAUUUGCUGAAGAUAUCAAUGGCAUUUUGAAUUGUUAGAUAAGUCUCCUAUAUAGAACUAAGAAGAUCUCACCUGACCUUGGACUGGUGGCCGCACAAUCCUGG